GCAACUUUGUGCUUGGCUUCAACUUUAAACUGAAGUCGAAGCUCAGACAGACAGAUGGAGAGAAGUCAAGGGCGACGUGAGCGAGUUCUGACAGCAGGCCUGCCAACAUGCAGCAUGUGUUCAGACAAACUCAGGGAGAGGAAUUCAGAGGACUGUGGCUGCGACGUGAAGCCGACGGAGAUAGAGAAGACUCAAGUGAAUGGGACCUGUCUGAUCAAGUCUAAAGAAGACAUGGAGAAACAGGGAGAAGAAGAGAAAGACAGUCAGACCACAGAAGAAAGCAAGAUUCAGGAAGACCUUCAGGAGUCCGAAGACCCUCGGAAACCUCAAGAGGACCAGGAGGAGGUUUUAGAGGACGUGCUGGGACCAAAUGAUGUGGUGUGUGAUACCUGCAUUGACCAUCUGUGUCGGGCCAAGAAGUCGUGCCUGACCUGCCUGGUGUCGUACUGCGAGGCUCACCUGAGGCCGCACCUGGAGAACGUCAAGUUUCAGAGCCACAAGCUGGUGGAGCCGCUUCGAGACAUCGAGAGGCGCACGUGCGAGACUCACCGCUGCCCGCUAGAGCUGUACUGCGGUGCUGAUGCGUUAUGUGUAUGUCAGGAGUGUGUGUCUGAGGAACAUCGGGGACACAACACUGUUGCCAUCACAGAAGCACGCCGGAAAAUAGAGAGAGAGCUUCAGGACAAACAGACAGACAUGGUGAAGACAGUCACAGCGGCGGAGAACGCCAUUAAUAAACUACAGAUCAACGCCGUGUCUAUAGAGGCAUCUGUGAAAGAGGUGCGUGGAGUGAUCGAAGAGCAGUUCGGUAUUCUGUUGGCAUCCGUGGAGCAGGUGAAAAAGGAGGUGAGCGAGAUUUUGGAGGUGGAGGAGCGUCAGGCGCUGCAGCAGACCGAAGGAAUCCGAGUUCAUCUGGAACAACGCUGUGCUGAUCUGAAGAAAGCACAGACACAGAUUGAGAAAAUCACCAAGAACAAAAACGACAUCGACUUCUUGCAGGAGUAUUCAGAGUGGAAAAAAGAAGCAACUGAUGUGUCUAUACCUGGUGUUUAUAUCAGCCUCAAGGAUCGACUUCAGUUCUUCAGUCGCGUCAUCACGCAAUCCACGAAAGAAAUGUGCGACAACAUGCUUAAAUCAUAUCUCAAUAAACUUAAAGACACCUGCAAAAAUGAUAAUGUGGGCAUAAAGACGACAGUUUAUGCCAUUAUCGCUGCAAAACAGAAGCUGAAAAUGCCGAACCCAAAGAGAAGAGGCGACUUCCUUAUAUAUGCCACGCCACUGAGCUUUGACGCAGAUACGGCGCAUCAGUUUUUACGUCUGACCGAAGAGAAAAAGAAGGUCACUAACACGACCCCAUGGCAGCACGACUAUCCUGACCUCCCUGAGCGCUUCCAGCACUUUCGACAGGUGCUGACGGUGGAAAGCUUCUACCUGGGCCGCUACUAUUUCGAGGUGGAUAUGCGAGGAGAGGGAACUCACGUCGGCCUGACGUACAAGAGCAUCGACCGCAAGGGCUCUGAGAGCAACAGCUGCAUCUCGGGUAAUGACUUCUCCUGGUGUCUGCAGUGGAACGGCCGGAACUUCUCCGCAUGGCACAGCGAUGUGGAGACACCGCUCAGCGUCCCAAAAGCCACGCGGAUCGGCAUUUACGUGGACUGCUCUCGUGGCGUGCUAGCGUUCCAUGAUGUGGAGAACAGCAUGGCCCUCAUUCACCAGUUCCAGACAGAGUUUCUCGAGCCGCUCUACCCAGCAUUCUGGCUUCCUAAAAAGGAGGACAUUGUGGUUUUGUUGGAGCCCGGAGGAGCACUAUCCCUGACAACCCCGUCUCUGGUUUCCUCUCCUCCAUAAACUGCUCCUGAUCUUCAUUCUCGUAGCCACAUCAUUUCCAUCUCUGUAGAGAACAGACUUUUGACUGACAUUGAAGUUUCAUGAAUGCUACAAUGCAUUUCCAAGAUGUGUUAUAAUGUAUAUGGGCCAUUCCUGCUACGCAAUACAUUUUCAUGUCCUCAUUAUAUGUCUUAAUAUUUUUGAAAAAAUAUAUGUAACAUUUGUAUAUAUGAAAAUCAUGUUAGUUAAUGUUCAAUAAAAUUCUAAAUAAAAACGUACCGAUAUUAAUAUCCCAAUUUAAAUGGUUAAAAAUGUUAAUUACCCUCUGAAUUUACAGCUUCAGUCUUUUUGUGUAUUGGUUUUAUAAUAUUUUUAAUAGAGGUCGACUGAUAGUGGAUUUUGCCGAUACCGAUAACUAAGGGGAUGAAAAAGGCAGAAAACCGAUUAACUGGCUGAUAGUUUUUAAAAUCGGUUUAUAAAAUAUAAAAAAUUCGACACAAAGGCAAGAAGAGUCCAAAAUUAAUAAAAUCCUAGAUGCAGUUUAUUGUUCAACCAAAAUCCAAAUAAUAACCAGAAAAGAAUGAAGAACUAUAAACAAGUCCGAAACACACCAGGGACUCUUAUUUUGAAAUGACAGAGACAUGGCUCCAUUGCAGCGCUCUAUAUUUAAGUAUUUACCAAAUUUAGCUUUCAUUGCCUAUAUAUUUCACCAGAUGAUGUAUAAUAAUAUAUAAGGUUUAUUUUUAUUCAAAAUAUAGCAAGUUUUCACCAUGUAUCUGCGGACGGGGCUCGUUUCCAUAUACUCAAACUUUUUGCAUUCCAUCGCUUCAAUUUAGAGCAUUUUAUUAUUUAAUUAAAAUGACAAAAUGUGCACUGAAUAGGGAUAAAAUAUGGAUGAAUAUUGUCAAUGAUGAAAGAUUUAUAUACCUCACAGUAACACAGAGAUAUAAAAAAAUACAAGCAAAUAUCGGCACAGAUUUUUGCUGAUAACCGAUAGUUAACAAAAGGCAAAUAUCGGCACAGAUUUUUGCCGAUAACCGAUAGUUCCAAAAAGCAAAUAUCGGCACAUAUUUUUUUGCCGAUAAUCGAUAGUUCCAAAAAGCAAAUAUCGGCACAGAUUUGUGCUGAUAACCGAUAGUUCCAAAAGGCAAAUAUCGGCACAGAUUUUUGCUGAUAACUGAUAGUUCCAAAAGGCAAAUAUCGGCACAGAUUUUUUUUUGCAAUAACCGAUUGUUCCAAAAAACAAAUAUCAGCACAGAUUUUUGUCAAUAACCGAUAGUUACAAAAAGCAAAUAUCGGCACAGAUUUUUGCUGAUAACCGAUAGUUCCAAAAAGCAACUAUCGGCACAUAUUUUUACUGAUAACCGAUAGUUCCAAAAAGCAAAUAUCGGCACAUAUUUUUGGCAAUAACCGAUUGUUCCAAAAAGCAACUAUCGGCACAUAUUUUUGCCGAUAACCGAUAGUUCCAAAAAGCAAAUAUCGGCACAGCUUUUUGACGAUAACCGAUAGUUCCAAAAAGCUAAUAUCGGCACAGAUUAAUCAGUAGAACCAAAAUAUCUGUCUACCUCUAUUAAUAUCACAUACUGUAUGGUUACAUUCUUGCUUUAAUACGUAAGGAAAACAUUUCUCCACGUGUUUAUUCAAUGAUAUUGCACAAGAGACCCAGAUGAUGUACAGUAGCUGAACAUUACUGUACAGUUCAAUAUGGCUGCUCACGGGUAUGAUCAGAAGUCUCGAUACUGUCUGAAUGCUGCUGUUUCUCAGAUUUUUACAUUUUGUUCCUCUAUGAGUUGUGACAAUUAUCAGCAAAAGAAACAUCAUGUGUCUGUGCAAAUAAAAACUACAACUGCUGCAGUGUGAUGUGGGUUUUAGUUCCCGUGUUUAAAGCGUGCCACAUCUGGUUCCACCAGUCUAUAGAGAUGUUACAAUGUUUCACUGAGAGUAUUUUUCACAUGACUGAUGUUUGAUCUUUCUACAGGUCAAUAUUAAGAAUGCAUAUGAAAACUGAAUCCAUGCAUACAUGUUUGUAAUUGU